AUGGAUAUGAGUUUCAAUCAGAAUCAGUUUCUUUCUGACCAGUUCAUGGCCUUGCCACCCUUGCCUUCUGUCACUGCCUCACAGGAUUGGCUCAUGAGUCCUCAUCUUAUGGGAAUUGGGGAUGUUAAUAUUGGUGGUGCAAUUUUCUCAGAGGAUCAGCAGCCAUACACUAAUCCACAACAACAGCUCAAUCAUGUCUAUGAUCCCUUUAUAAGCCCAGCCAAUCAGGCUCCACCACUUGGCCUCCCCUCCUCUUCACCAACUGACCUCUCCACGGACUUCUCUCAGUUCUUGGCUUAUGAACUUGAUAGGCAAACAACAGACAUGGAGGCAUAUCUUCACCUGCAGAAUCAAAGACUGAACGCAGUUCUGCGAGAAGAAACGAGGCAAAGAGCGGUUCAACUAGAGAAGUAUGCUGCAAAUCUGGUGAGUUUGAUCCAGAAGAAAGAAAAUGAGGUGGCUCUAGCAAGACAAACAAGCAUGGAGAUUGAGCAAUGCAUGGUGAAAACAGACGCAGAAGUGAAAAGCUGGCAGAAACUGGCUCUGGAGAAAGAAGCCAAGGUGGCAGAGCUGAGUUACAAGCUGAAGAAAGUUGAGGAGAGGAUCCAAAUGCUCAACAGUGGCGCAUUAGAUGCAGAUUCCACAUGUGGUGAAACCUCCCAGGGCAAAAGCAGAGAGGACUUGUAUGGUAAGUGCAAAGUGUGUCAGGCUCAAGGCUCCUGCGUGGUUCUUUUCCCCUGCAAGCAUUUAUGCUGCUGCAAAUCCUGUGAAGCUCUUGUCAAGUUCUGCCCAGUGUGUGAAUCUUUAAAGAAGGCGAGCAUGGAGAUCUUCUUAGGCUGA